AUGGCCUUCAGAUGGAAGGCCUUGACCCUAGUUGCUGCAAUUUUUCUUCUCCUUAUUAUCUACCAAAGACCCGCGCUUAAACGCUACCAAGAAUCAUAUGAUCGGACACAACCCAUAGUUCAGUCGGCUCCAAAAGAGGGAGGAAACAAAUUUCGAUGGUCCGAGGUCCCACACAGUUUUCCUGUUACAGAUUUCAUACCUCUUCCAACGAAUCCCGCCACAACCAUACCGAGAAUUCAACAUCAAUUCGGAAAAGAAUCGCAAACCGAAAAAUCGGUGAGACUUGCUAGACUUGAAGCUGUCAAAAGCAAUUUCACACAUGCCUGGAAUGGCUAUGUUAGUCAUGCAUGGUUGAAAGAUGAGGUAAUGCCUCUAUCAGGUGGAUCAAUGGAUCCAUUCGGUGGAUGGGCCGCGAGCUUGGUCGACACUCUUGAUACACUUUGGAUCAUGGGUAUGCAUUCACAAUUCAAAGCAGCCGUUGAAGCGAUUCAAGUAAUUGACUUCAGUACUUGUGCUCUUGAGCAAAUUAAUGUUUUCGAAACAACUAUUAGAUACCUGGGCGGCUUUCUCUCCGCUUAUGAGUUAAGUGGAGAAAAGUAUCCAGUCCUACUCCAGAAAGCGACGGAGAUGGGAGAAAUGCUUUACAAGUCAUUUGACACACCCAAUCAUUUACCUAUCUUGCGAUGGUACUACCACAUUGCUGCCACUGGAGCCAAACAAGAAGCAGAUGACAAUGUUCUUGAAUCUGAGAUUGGUUCAUUGACGUUGGAAUUCACUCGUCUUGGUCAGAUUACAGGUGAUCCACGAUUCUACGAUGCAGUUCAACGUAUCAUGAAUAUUUUUGACGAGCAGCAAUCCAUGUCGAAACUGCCCGGAAUGUGGCCUGUGAUUGUGAAUGCAAAAGACAAGAAUUUUGUAGACUAUUGGGGUUUCACUAUUGGAGGUAUGGCUGAUUCAUUGUAUGAGUACUUGCCAAAGCAACAUUUAUUACUUGGGGGUGCAACUCAACAAUAUAGGAGAAUGUAUGAGUAUGCAAUGAUUGCAAUGAGGCGCAAUAUAUUCUUCCGGCCAAUGACAAAGAAUGGUGAGGAUAUUCGUCUGCCAGGUAAUGUAGAUAGCGACGGUAAGACAUUGGUCACAGAACUCAAGACUCAAGGAGAGGCGCAGCAUCUUGGUUGUUUUGCGGGAGGAAUGGUUGCCAUUGGUGCAAAGAUAUUUGAAAACGAAAAAGACUUAGAAUUGGCGAGAAAGCUCACUGAAGGAUGUUUGUGGGCUUAUGAGAACAUGCCACUUGGCAUCAUGGCUGAGAAGAUGCACAUGGUUCCCUGCGAAAACGAAAAUUAUUGUCCCUGGGACGAGCAGAAAUGGCUGGAGGGGAUCAACAAGGAUACUGAAGGCAAUGAGACUGUUAAUGAAAAGAUACAACAACACCGACUCAUACCUGGAGUCACCAAGUUUGACGAUGGUCGCUAUAUCCUCAGACCUGAAGCAAUAGAGUCCGUCUUUAUACUUUAUCGCAUCACUGGCGACCCCGACUUACAAGAACGAGCUUGGACAAUGUUCAACAAUAUUAUCAAGCAUACAAUCACUGAUAUUGCGCAUGCUGCUUUGGACGACUGUACCGUCUCAGAAAAUCCCCGCAAAGCUGAUAGAAUGGAGUCUUUCUGGAUGGCUGAAACCCUUAAAUACUUCUACCUUAUUUUUGCCGAUCCAGACUUGAUCAGCUUAGAUGAGUAUGUGCUCAACACGGAAGCACAUCCUCUAAAGAGGCCUAAAUAG